GACGCGUUGGAGCGACGAGCGAGCCAGUUCAGUCGAUCCUCUUGUUCCGACAGCUGAAGGCUAGACGACGAAGACAGUCGAUCUCCGUGCAGUGUUACUUUGUUUCUUUGCGCACUUACGCAACGAAUAACUUUCCAACCUGUUUGAUUUUUUUGUCUAUGUAAUACAACUGGCGCACUUUCCAAAGGACUAAAGCGUGUUUCAACUUUCUGAUAUGAGCGUGCCAAAGGAUAACAACUUUGCGUUUUAGUUUGGGUGCCAUAUCCUCCAAAUACAGGACGAGUGGAUUCGAACCGAACGCUGAACCAGUGCUCUACUUUUAAAACUAAUCAACGGGAACGCGUUCAUGUGAUUAUGGUGGUUGUAAAGCUCUGGAUUUCUGGGCAAAGAUCCUAAACUCCUCCAUAAGGGAUUCACUGUUGACGACAGAGAUAUUGGAGAAGACGCACUGGCCACUUGACCCUUUUUUCGCGAGCGCAAGACGCACCGGCGCGCGCUGCUUUCUGUCGGUGUUAUUUGGAAGGUCCUCUGUGACCCGUUUGGUGUAAUAUUAAUUAUGACAGUGAACAUCAAGGCAUCGCAGUGCCAUGCGCCGCUCCGCAGACUCCUGUAGACUCGGUUCCGGUGCUACUGCAAUGCUCGCCGGACCCCACCGCUUCCGCGUGGCUCUGUGAUCCAGGCAAAGGGCGCGAGGAUGAGCACAGACCUGGAGCGCCUGUCGCUCAACUCUUCCUCGGGCAACUCCGUGGCGUCUAGCGCGCGUACCCUUUCCGCCAACGUGAAGAAGCUUCACAACGCGCUCAACUUGCUGCUCUGCGACCUCGAGAGAGAGCAGUUCAUCCACUGCCUCAACGUGUACCACUCCAAGCGCAAUGUGUACGACCUGGUCCAGACGCUUAAAGUCAUACUGAACGUUCCGAGCAAGCGCCAGCUUCUGCCCAUGCUGCGGCUAGUUAUCCCGCGCUCGGACCAGCUUCUGUUCGAUCAGUACACAUCAGAAGGUCUCUAUUUGAAAUCCGACGUUCUUGCGCGCAAUGGUGACCCAGACGGUUCCCACGAGGCUGCUAAUUUGAGUCCAACACACGGGGCUCACUUCUCGCCUACUUCCGCGUCUCAAGCCGCUCUGCGCGGGUCUCCUGACACUAUCAGCACCAGCAGCGAUGGGACAGCGACUCUUAUUCCUUUACUGGGAAGAAAUUUCUUACCGGAGCCCCCGGGAGAGAUCCGACAGUUGACCCUCAAGCGUCACAAGAGCAACGAGGGUUUGGGAUUUAGCAUCCGCGGAGGAUCCGAGCAUGGAGUUGGGAUCUAUGUGUCACUGGUAGAACCGGGAUCACUGGCUGAAAAGGAGGGUUUGAGAAUUGGAGAUCAGAUAAUGAAAGUUAAUGACAAAGUGUUUGACCGGGUCACACACGCAGAGGCAGUUAAGGUGCUGAAGGGCAGCAAAAAGCUCUCCAUGUCAGUGCGUUCUGUGGGACGGAUCCCAGGCGGUUAUGUCACAAAUCAUGUCUACACCUGGGUGGAUCCGCAGGGGCGCAGUGUGUCCCCACCCCCUGACCUGCUGGAGGAGCAUCGCAGCGCAACCCUGCGCAGAUCCAACAGUCAGGGCCGCAGUCACAUGCAGCUUUUGCAGGACGGUGAUGAGAAGAAGGUAAAUUUGGUUCUGGAUGACGGCCGUUCUCUGGGUCUCAUGAUCCGCGGAGGGGCUGAAUACUCUCUGGGUAUCUACAUCACAGGUGUGGACAGAGGCUCUGCAGCAGAGUGUGGAGGACUAAAGGUCGGCGAUCAGAUCCUGGAGGUUAAUGGCCGGAGUUUCCUCAGCAUCCCACACGAUGAGGCCGUACGAGUGCUGAAGUCUUCACACCACCUGAUGAUGACAGUGAAGGAUGUUGGGCGACUGCCGCAUGCCCGCACCGUAGUGGGCGAGACAAAGUGGAUCACAAGCUCGCAGAUUACAGACAGCUCAGCCAGCAGCAGUGUCACGGGCCUCUCUCUGGACCAGGGAGCGUCAGCAUCAACAUCAACAAAGGGUGGCUUUUAUAAAGGUGUGGCAGGAUCUCAGGUGACUCUGUCCAGUUUGGUGAACCAGAGCAGGGCCAUGCUGGAGGAACAGGCCAGACAUCUGCUGACCGAACUAGAGAGGCAGACCAUGGGCUACUACAUCCAGGAGUACCGCGAUUGUCACAUCGGUGUUGAGCAGCUGGUCAUGGCCCUCUUUGAGCUGUUCAAUACACAUGCCAAGUUCUCUCUGCUGUCAGAGGUGAGGGGGCUCGUGACCCCUCCGGAUGUGGAGAGAUUUGACGGCCUGGUUUUGAGACGAGAGAUUGAGGCCCUGAAGGCGAGGCAAGGUGGCGGAGCUGGGUUUCAAGAUUCCUUCUCCAUGGUCUCGUACCCUGAUACGCUGGCCUCCUCCUCAGCCAGCUUCAUGACCAACACCACCCUCAGCUCCGCACGGGAAAGACUCCUCUGGCUGAUAGAUAUGAUGGAGAACGAUGGUGUUGCAGAGAACAACGGGGAACAGUCUCUGGAGCGUAGCAAUGCCCUGCCAGACAUCUCUCUGGAUGAGGUUCAUUCCACCUCAGAUUCCCCUCCUUCCUUUAAACCUCCUCCUCCCCCAGGGCUUCAGCGCCGGCCCAGUCGAAAAGCCACGCUUAGCAAACGUCCCUCUUCCAGCUCCUCCCAAUCGGGCUUGUGCUUCACUGCUCCUUCUCGUUCCCAGACCAAAGAACCCAAACACCCAAAAGCACCCAAACCUCACACAUCUCCUCCUGACACCCUCAAGAUAGACGUCCCAGCACCUCAGCUCUCAAUAGUGAGUCAGCAUCCUAUAGGACCAUUCCCCCGAGUCCAGUCUCCUAGUAAGGUGAAGCCUGCUGUCCAAUCGUCAUCUCCGAUUCCUCCACCCGCCCCUAAUGGGCCCCCGCCGCCGCCUCCUCCUUCUCCACCCCCAUGCCCAGAUAAGCCCGCCCCUUCUUCCCCAGCAUCCAAUCAGCAUUUUGUCAUGGUGGAGGUGCACAGGCCCAACGCAGAGCCUGAUGUGAACGAGGUGCGGCCGCUGCCACAGACGCGAGGAGGGACACUAUCCCAGCUGUCAGACAGCGGACAGACCCUUAGCGAGGACAGCGGUGUGGACAUUGCCGAAUCUGGAUGUCUCAGUAAAGAUAGCAGCCCACGUCCCGCCCGCACAAGAACCCCACGGGAUGGGCACGGAGGAGGAGAAACAUCUGCCAAACCGCCGGGUCUGUUGGAGCCCAUGUCGACUCUAGUGAGAGUGGCAAAAAGCGCCAGUACUCUGGGCAUCGCAAUAGAAGGUGGGGCAAACACACGUCAGCCCCUCCCACGCAUCGUUACCAUACAGAGAGGUGGUUCGGCUCAUAACUGUGGACAGCUGAAGGUGGGUCAGGUAAUCCUAGAGGUGAAUGGAGUGUCUCUCAGAGGAAAGGAACAUCGGGAAGCCGCACGUCUCAUCGCGGAGGCCUUUAAAACCAAAGAGAAGGACUACAUUGACUUCUUGAUCACAGAGUUCAAUGUGGCUCUAUAGGACCGUGCGAGUCCCAUGAUGCUGGGACACUGGGACGUACCCACGACAUGUCUUGCCAUGAUUAACCCCCAGAAUCCUGUUACAUGGUAGACUUCAGCUCAUCCUCCUCUGUGAUGUUUUGAAACCAGUCACUGUUUGAAAGGCCAUCCUGUGUGGACCAACCCUGCAUUGACCUUUCCAAUGGCAAAUGCCAGGAUAGAGCAAAAGUUCAGUCUGUUCUGGCCGGUUUGUUUUAGAAGAUGGGACAUCUUUUCAGUUGGCUUAUUCUUUACGAGUUUCUAUAAUUAAAUUUGGUCAUCUGACUGCAAUAUCACAAGAGACUCUCCGUUGAGCUUGGAUGUGUGUCAUGUUUUUGAUAUAUACGAUACCGUCAUGGAGUCUAGGCCCAGCAUCUUGUCCUGGUGUGAGAGUUUGUGUGAACAUGUCAUGGAAAUCAUUGUUGUUGUUUUUUAAAAGUCAUAGCUAUUUUAUAAGAAAUAUGUACAAAUGGAUCAAAUGUGUUUAAAAUAUAUAUUUAAAGUUUAAGAGGUGCACAUUAACUACUGAUUAUAGUAAAUAGUGAUUAACCCCAUAGAGAUUCGAACUGAAGUGCUUCUCACUACAGAUUUCUGUGAGCAGAACUGCUGAAACAUCUUCUCAUCUGCCUUUUUUAACUAGUCAGCCGGUUUCAGAGACGAGCAGCCAUCGAAACUAAUGAAAAGUUUAGAUCUUCAGCGAGGGAUCUGAUUGAUGCAUUGAAGAAAAAAAAAGCAUUCAGACUGGGAAGAGGUGGCAACACAAAGCAACAAUGUGUCAGUCAUGUUAUAUAAGCGGGAACAAGUGGGAGAGGAAAUUGAGAAAUGGUGUUAUUGUAAUGUGUGUGAGUCUGCCUGUCUUUGAAUGCAGAGGCAGAGUGUGAAACAGUCCCACAGAGCCAAGAUAUGUGUGUGUGUGAGAAGGGGAGUGAAAACUACCUGAAGCUUUGAAAUAUUGACUAUAGUGCAAGCACAGGACUGCUCAUUUCCACCUGCCCACCCUCUCCAAUAUGACAGCCAUCUUAAGCCCACCUAGAUCACAUACGCCUCCAUUUUCACUCCUCUACAGUGUGUUGCUUGACUCAGACAUUUGAACAGUGUAUAUAUAGUAUAUCUAUAUAUUUUAAGUAAAUUAUUUGUAAAAAGUUGAUAAUAUAAUUCUGAAAUCUUUUCCUUUGUAUAGCUGAGGUGCUCAGAGGGAAGACAGGCAAGACUGAAUGAACAACUUUUAUAGAUGCAUAAAAUGAUUUUCCUACUUUUCCUACUUUCCUUUACAUUUGUCUUGUUUUGU